AUGUUAAUUGAGAGAGAGAGUGAUGUUAUAAUAGCAGCAGAGAAGGCAGAGAAAGAACUGAAUACUGUUGAAUCAACUGAUAGAAGAAAUGACACCUCACUGCAAGACACAGCUUCUACUGCUACAGCUGCAAGAAAUGCAGGAGAAGAAGAAGAAGAUGUGAUAAUAAGAGUGAUACUUUCACAAUCUGUCAAUACUGCUGUCUCUGCCUUCAACCUGACUUUCUUAGCAGUCACAGAGACUGCAGCUGCAUCAUGA